AUGCAAACCAAGCACUUCUUCUCCGAUCCCACUCAUUUGGUCCAGACCGCUCUACAUUCCCUCACCCUCACCAACCCCUCGCUAGCAUUCGACGCUGAGAACAAAAUCAUCUUCCGUCGUCCCGAUGCCAGCGCAAAGCCCAAAGUCGCCAUCAUCUCCGGUGGGGGCUCCGGUCAUGAGCCUGCCUUUGCAGGCUACGUAGGAAAGGGCUUCUUAGAUGCUUCCGCAGCGGGCACGAUCUUCGCUUCUCCCUCCGCGGAACAGGUCCGCAAGGCCGUGAUGGACUGCGUCAACAGCGACAAUGGUGUCCUCAUCAUCCCCAUGAACUACACGGGCGACGUGCUCAACUUUGGCAUGGCCACGGAGAAGGCGCGAGCAGCCGGCAUUAAGACCGAGUUCUUCGCUAUCAACGAUGAUGUCGGAGUGGGCAAGAAGAAGGGCGGCAAGGUCGGUCGUCGUGGCAUUGGCGGUGGCAUCCUCAUCCUCAAGGUUGUUGGUGCGUUGGCCGAAGCAGGCGGUUCACUAGACGAGGUGUAUCGCCUGGCACGGCUCGCCAACGACAACCUCGUUUCUGUCGGCUCCUCCCUCGAGCACGUCCACAUCCCUGGCCGAGGCGCACCCGAGGACACCAUCCCGGAAGGCCAGGUUGAGGUCGGCAUGGGGAUUCACAAUGAGCCCGGAUCUCACCGGGUGAAGGCCAACCUCGUUGAGCUAGUCGCAACGAUGCUGCUUCAGCUGUUGGACCACAACGAUCCCGAUCGCGCUUGGCUCACCCGCAAACCGGAGGACGACUUCGUACUGCUGAUCAACAACCUGGGCGGUGUCAGCACCCUAGAGCUUGCGGGCAUCACAGACGAGGUCUACCGCCAACUCGACAGAGAUUACGACGUCCGGCCAAUCCGCGUCAUCCAAGGCACCUUCCUCACCAGCCUCAACGGGCUGGGCUUCAGCAUCUCGCUGCUCAAGCUGGUCGACACGGGGCUGGGCCCCGGCCGGUCCUUCCUGGACCUCCUCGAUGCCCCUGCAGAGGCGGUCGGCUGGUCGGCGCCCAUCAGCGGCGAGACAUGGAAGCAUCGCACCGACGCACCCGUGCAGAUCCAGAGGACCGCGCUGCCAGAAGACACACCAAGCAAUGUGAAGCUAGACGUGAACAUCCUCAAGAAAGUCCUCCGCAGCGCCCUGCAGCGCGUCAUCGCCGCCGAGCCUGAAACCACGCGCUACGACACGAUCGUCGGCGACGGCGACUGCGGGGUCGGCCUCAAGCGCGGCGCCGAAGCCGUCGCCGCCCUUCUGGAGAGCCCCUCCUCCAACCUGACCGACGACCUCGUCCACGCCGUCAACCGCAUCGUCAGCGUCGUCGAGAACACCAUGGACGGCACCUCCGGCGCCAUCUACUCCAUCUUCCUGAACGCGCUGGCCCACGGCCUCCGCGAACAGGACAACGCCGGAUCCCCCACCCCGGCGACCGUCGACGUCUGGGCCGCCGCCCUCGAGCACUCGCUCUCCGCCCUCGCCAAGUACACCCCGGCGCAGCCCGGCGACCGCACCCUGCUCGACGCCCUGGUGCCCUUCUGCCGCACCCUGAAGGAGCGCAGGGAUGUCCACGCGGCGGCAAAGGCCGCGCAGGAGGGCACCGAGUCCACCAAGCACAUGCAGGCGAGUCUCGGGCGCAGCGUGUAUGUCGGCGGCGAGGAGGAAUGGGUGGGCAAGAUUCCAGAUCCGGGAGCCUAUGGGCUCAGCGAGUUCUUGAAUGGAUUGGCAGAGGCUCUCUGA